AUGAAACUUUUAAAAGUUUUGUUAAAUGUGUGGCCGAUUCAUUACAAUUAUAAUUAAUAGCGAUAAAGAUUGAUUCACAAAACGGGGUAGACCGUCUGCUUUAGACAGAAGAACUCUUCCGGGGACAGACAUAUCUCUUGGUUUCACGCAUAUUUACUCUAACAGGUAUGAGUUAUUACGUCACAAGGUGACACCCACUUCUGCACUCUUCUUCAUUUUACUUCCCGUCGAGGGGAAAGUUGACAUUGUAAAUUCAUGCGUUAACUUCAGGAGUGAGGAUUUUCCUAUCGAACUUUGAGACUCUGGAUGUUGGUCUUUUUUGUCGAAUACAUUUCCAGCGUAUGAACCUGAAACAGACAUUGGUUUCAUAAAUCAGGAAUCAUCACACCUGGCCAUCCAGAAUGUCAUCCAAAGGUAAAAAUGACCUGUGUCGGAUAUGUGGCCAUACUCUUCAAGGCACACAACGGCGAUGGCUGUUUGGAAACAAAACCAAGAAGAUGGGUCAGACUCAGUCAGACUCACAUGGAGCAGGGGAUUCCUCACAGAGCAGCCCAUGGGGUAGCACAUUAUCUUUGGGUAGCUUUUCCUCACUCUCCAAGUCCCAGUCGUCGUUGAGCUCCACGUCCAAGGGAGUUGAUCUGCUCUCAGUGUUGACCCACAUUCUGGGACGACCUGUACCACGAGACAGCGAGCACGGGGAGUUUGUGUGUGGAAAGUGUGUCAGCCUCCUGGAGAAGGUGUUUAAGUUUGACUCUGUCAUUGCAAGAGUGAAGGUGCUUUCCGCCGAGAAGCUUCAUAAGCUGACACAGGAGAGAGACAAAAUAAGACAGUGGUUGCGCCAGAACUACCAGCAGAGACACCUAGAGGAUGUUCAUCUUUGGGCUACCAUCAACAGAGAAGAGGAGGGGCACGUGGAGAAAGAAGGCUACAGGGAAAUGCUAGAAGAGAAUAUGGCACUCUCUAAGUACGAGUUCUGGUCCGACAAGUGGGACAUGUGUCCACACUUCAUAAAAACAGGUAAAAGAUGCCGCAAAGGCAAAGGAUGUGAGGGCUGCGAUGCAUUACGGGUGUCCGACUCAGUUUAUGAGUCUGUAUGUGGCAUACCGCGCCACUUGCCAUCCCAAACCUACAAGUUGCUGUUGUCACGGGACAAAUCCCAGAGCAUGCCUCUGCACUGGAAGGGGACGCCAUCAACCAGCUGUAGCCUAGCUUCGCUGACAGGAUCCCAGCUGUCCUUACAAGCGGCAUCCUGCACUGGGUCCGUUCAGUCUCUAGACUCUCUUGAAGCUUUUGACCCAUUUGACCCUGCAAGCGACCAGUCCGUCAACUUUGUGCUGAAUAAGCUAAGGUGUUUAAAGUGGAAACCCCUUAGUUCUCCGUCAGGAAGUAGGAUCCCCGUAUUGGGCAAGAAGGAUGAGAGAUGCUCUGGUGAUAUGACAUCAUCGGCAGUAGCCAGACAACUGACUUUUGAGGAUCUUCAGAAUGGAGAGGGUGAUGUAAAUGACCAGGAUGGUGAUCUCCUUACAGAGCUGAAUGAAGAGUUCAUGCCUCUUUACACAAAGAGCAACACAGGCAGAUUACAGCAUGCUGUCGGGCACCUGCGAGGCCAGCUAAAUGAAGCCGUGACCCACGUUGAGACUCUGGAGGCGGAGCUGAAAAAUCAAACGGGCAAACGUACUGCUUAUAUCAAAACAUCAGACAAGGAAAAUUUGCCUCAGGUGGACUCUCAAGAUGUUCUGCUCCAGAGCUUUGCUUUCUCACUGCAUUGUCGGGAGCGUUUAAUACAGGAAUGUAUGGGGUUGAUUAAAAGACUGUACCUGGAGGGUGCAGUGACCAAUGAGCUGGAAAAUGGCCCGACUGAGAAAAUCACAGAGAAUCUUAACAACAUUCUUUCCAGUACGGAGGCUGCCUUGAAGUCUUUAAGGUUCGAAAUGAGUGACAAAGAAAAGAGAAAGAGAAAAGAGAUUGAGGCGUUGAAGAAGGCAGCCAGUGACAGGGAAAAGGACCUCGACACACUCACCAUUGUGAUCCAGUCUAACCAAGACACAAUUCAUGAUUUGCGCGUGGUGCUGGAGGAGAACAAUUGUCUGCAAAAGAAGAUCGACGAAGAGAGAAAGAUGUGGCGAAAGAGGGAGCAGACUCUAGCUGCUGUGCAGCACGAGAGCAACACUUUGCUUUGUAACCUCCAGGAAAAAGUUGAGAGUCUUCAGAAACAAACGCCGGCUUUUACCUCUCAGACUGUUAGAGGUACGUCAGAAGAAGAAGUCGUGUCAGGAGCACGGCAGGCAGAUGGUGUGGCCUUAUGCCAGCAGGUCACUGAACUGACCACAGCACUGCAGGAAUACCAGGACAUGGUGCAGACUCAACAGGAGAAUCACAGUGAGAAAGUGUCUUCGAUGAUGGCUCAACUCAGAGACACUCGUCAACAGCUGAGGCAAAAGGAGAAGGAAAAGAAGGAGAGUGAGAGGUUGUGGCAGAACAGAAGAGAGGAGAUGCAGCGAGAGGAGAGGUUGUUGAGAGAGAGACUUGAAAAGAGAGAUAAACUCAUAGAGCAAAUUCUGCAGGAUGUGGAGGAACGGGACCAUCUGUUUAAGGAGCUGCAGCUAAAGCUGCAGAAUCAGCAUGGACCUCGGAGUGUUAUUGAAAACACACUGGAGACUGAAUGACUCUUUUAUUUUUCCAUAGAGAUAACUGGUUACCAAGUGACCUUUUCAAACACGCUGCAGUACAAUCCACCAAAGAUUGACGGACCAAUCAGGCGAGCUGUGCCGUUUUCCCUUCCUGUCGCAUGUUAUUAUAAA